UACAACUAAUCCUUUACUCAGAGAGAUUCCACAAGACUUUCCUCGGAUGUUAGCGCCUCUACACACAUAUACAUACAGACCUACACCUCAACACAUUUACUGUAACAGUACAUAUAUAUACAUAUAUAUAUUGGUGUAUGUAUACAUGACAUACCUGUCCUGUGUCUUUUCUGCAAGUAACAGCCCCCACUUGGCUGCUUAUGAGUAUUAUUCUGUGUGUAUAAAUACAUACAUACACACACAUACACACAUAUAUAUAUAUAUAUGUAUGUAUGUAGUCUUUCUUUAAUUUGGAUCAUUGGUCAUGUUGGAUCAAGAAAUGGGGAAGACAAGAACAGAAGAGAGAAGAGAGCAGAAACAGAAACAGAGGAAAGGGUUAUGGUCUCCAGAGGAAGACCAGAAGCUCAGAAGCUACAUCCUUUCUCACGGCCAUGGAUGCUGGACCUCUGUCCCCUUCAAAGCUGGACUGCAGAGAAAUGGAAAGAGCUGCAGAUUAAGGUGGCUUAAUUACUUAAGGCCAGGUUUAAAGAGAGGGACGUUCACUAAAGAAGAAGAAGACACCAUCUUGACCUUCCAUGCUUCCUUGGGUAACAAGUGGUCGGAAAUAGCGAAAUAUUUACCGGGAAGAACGGACAACGAGAUCAAGAAUUACUGGCACUCCCAUCUGAAGAAGAGGUUACUCAAUUCGUGUCAAGAAACCGAAACACCAAGCCCGCAACUCGUAGGGUCUUCGAUCGCGUUGCUUUCUUCUGCAACAAGAAACCGAGAGACCCAGGUUCCGAACCGCACAAUCUCAUCGCAGAAGCUUCGAGAAAUUUCAUCGUCAGAAGAAAGCAGCAUCAGUGUUGUAGUGACCGACCAAUCUUCCGUCCUUGGAGGCUUUGGUCUUGCCCAGGUGAACAACAACUUGCCAAAGCUUUUCUUCUCCGAGUGGUUCUCUUCUUCUUCUUCAGACCCUGUUGAUUUUUCUUCCUCCACCUUCAAAGAUUCCAAGAAUAAUAUCGUCCCGAAUCCGGAAGGUUCUGUCUCAGACUGCGCAGAAACGAUGACCAUCAAUGGCGGCAGCUCAUCACUUUACGACAUCAUGUUUCAGUACGAGGACGUGAUUCUUGAGACAGCAGACUGUUCAUCUUCUGGUAAUUUCUUCAAUAUCGACGGCAACGUACUGUACUUGUAAAUCACUAAAUGUAAGAUAAAGAUUUUUGUUUAUCGAUCAGGAUUAGUCAGAUCUCGUUAUCCAAAAAUCUGAAAUAUCUAUAAGGGUUUGUUAAUAAAUAACAUCUCAUUGUGUAUUAUAUAUAAUAAUCAAAGGGAUUUGUACUAUGUUGUUCAUUGUUUAAUGAUCCCUCCAAUCAAAAUUUUCCUUCA